AUGUGUUUCAGCAGAGACGUUCAGGUGCAGGCCAUGGAGCAGACUCUGAAACACGCUGAGAAGAACCUUGGAGAGAUCUGCUCCAUCUUGGCUUCGUAUAGCAGAAAAACAGCCAAGCUCAGGGACAAGGCCGACCUGCUGGUAGCUCGGCUCUUCGACUUCUCUACCACAGAGGGACCGGAAGUCCAGGUCAGCCUCAGAAACUUAGCGGAGGAUCUGGCCAUGGUUCAAGACUACAGACAGGCUCAGGUGGAGAGACUGGAGACAAGAGUGGUCGCUCCUCUGAGGACAUAUGGAGAUGUCGUCAAGAAUAAAAAGAUGGAUCUAAAGAAACUCAGCGCCGACCUGAGCAGAGAGCAGAAGGAGCUGCAGAAACUAGAGAAAAGCCGACAGAGGAGCCCUGCAGAUCGACAAACCAUCUCUCAGGCAGAGGUGAGCGCUCAGAAAGCCUCGUCCAGCGCUCAGCACAGCAUCAAACAGCUCCAGGAGACCAUCACGGACUUCCAGAGGCACAAACUGGAGGAUAUUAAAAAAAUCUUUUUGGACUUCAUCACUGUGGAGAUGCACUUUCAUGCUAAAGCGCUUGAGGUCUACACUCACACGUACCACAACCUGGAGGCGAUGGACACUCAAAAGGACCUUCAGCUGUUUUCCAGUCGAGUCAUGGUGUCCAACUCUCAGGCCUGGGCUCUGAACAGUUCGGCUCCUCUCACAAAUCACUGGUCCAGAUUUGCCUCCACCUCCUCGAUGGACCAGGGCCUCAGUUCAAUGCAGACCCUCAAAGCAGCUCAAAGAAAACAACAGAACCAGCAGGAAGAACCAGCUGGGAGGCCUCACAGCAGCUUGAAACACCAGGCAGGUCUGAAGGAGGAAGAGCUGGACCAGGAGGAGGAAGAGCUGGACCAGGAGGAGGAAGAGGAGGACCAGGAGGAGGAACAGGAGGAGUCUGACAUGGAGACGGAGCUUCGGGAGCAUACCAGCCGGCAGUCGUACGCUGCUCAGUAUGCACAGCUGCUCAGACAGCAGAAGUGGAGGAGGGAUCAGGCCACAACAUGA